CUCUGAUAUUUCAUUUCCGGUAGAAAUCACCCCCCCACAUGAGAUCGCAAUCCGUGUAAAAUGAAUGCCCCUCCAACUUUUGAAACAUUUCUCCUCUUUGACGGAGAAAAGAAAAUCAAUAUUGAAAAAGACACCAAGGUUCCAAAUGCAGCUCUCUUCACAGUGAACAAAGAAGAUCAUACCUUAGGCAAUAUGAUCACUGCUCAGUUACGUAAAGAUCCCCAGGUCCUGUUUGCUGGCUAUAAAAACCCUCAUCCUUUGGAACACAAAUUUGUGGUGAGGAUUCAAACCACAGCAGAGUACAGUCCUCAGGAAGCCAUUACAAAUGCCAUCACCGAUCUCAUUUCUGAAUUUUCACUUUUAGAAGAACGCUUCAGGGAAGCUGUUCGAGAACUGAAAGAAGGAGACAUAUGAAAAUGUUAGACAGACUGACUGGAAGCAUGCAUGGGAACCAAAUCGAAAGAAAGAAUAAUAAAAAAUAGACAGAAGUAGUGUAUCUGAGUGAGAAAGAUGGAAAGAAAGAAAGAGAGAAUGUGUUCACAAAAUCACCUGUAAAUAUUUACCAUUACAUCUUACAUUUAA